CCCCUUCCUUCCCACCCUUCCGGCGGCGGCGCGUAGGCUCUCGCUCCCUCCCCUCCCCACCGUCUCCGAUGGCCCUCGUCGCCGGCUCCUACGAGCGCUUCAUCUGGGGCUUCUCCCUCAAGGCCCUGGCCGCCGCGCCCCCCUCCUCCGAGCCCCAGGCCCUCGCGCCGCUCUUCUCCUACCCGGCCCACGCGGGGCCCAUCCGCUGCGUGGCGGCCGCGCCGCGGGCGGGGCUCGCGGCCUCCGGCGGCGCCGACGACUCCAUCCGCCUCUACGACCUGCGCGCCGCCGCCGACCUCGGCCCGCUCCUCGACCCCUCCGCCGCCGUCUCCGCGCUCGCCUUCCACUCCAUCGGCCCCGUGCCCCGCAACCUCCUCGCCGCCUCCGACGACGGCCUGCUCCACAUCUACGACGCCGACGGCUUCGCGCUCCUCACCUCGCUCCGCGUCUUCCCGCGGGGUCGCGAGGCCGCCGACGCCCUCGCCGUGCACCCCUCGGGCCGGGUCGCGCUCGCCGUCGGCCGCGCCGGGGGCCUCUCCAUGGUCAACCUCCUCCGCGGCCGCCGCAGCUUCACCUGCCGCCUCGAGCGCCCCGCCUCGGCCGUCGCGUACGCCCAGGACGCCGCCGGCGGUGACCGGUUCGUGAUGGCCGCCGAGGAGAAGGUCACCGUGCAUGACUCCGAGGACGCCAGGAUCAUCCAUGAGAUGCGCUGCGACAAGAGGGUUCUUGCCUUAGCUCCAUCAAAGAAUGGAGCUCUUUACACCGGAGGAGAGGAUCGUGGUAUUACUGCUUGGGAUCUGUCGAGCGGCAAGGUUUCAUCGCGCAUCGAGGGCGCUCAUUCAACUCGUGUAAAAGGGAUUGUCAUUUUCGAUAACCAGAACAACGGAUCUGAAUCGAGCACUUUAGUUGCCUCGGCUUCAUCUGAUGGCAUCAUAAGGAUCUGGGAUGUUCGGAUGAUUGGAAGCGAGAAGCCUACUCCAUUGGCAGAGGCCAACACAAAAGCAAGGCUAACAUGCCUUGCUGGGACAUCAUUGAAAUGAGUUAAUCAAGUGAGAUGUUGAGUUUGAGUUAAACUAUCUAAGAGAGGCUGGGCUACCAGUUUUGUGAUGUUUAGUGUAGUCUAUGUAGCGGGCUCUUACUGGUGAUACGGACCGUGGAAACUCCAAGCUGGAAAUCUUGAAGGCAGGCACUAGUUGGAUGCAUGGGAAAUGUAUGAUAUGAGAGCUAGUCAUGGAUUAUACAUCAUCGUAGUUUGGCUUGAGGGCAUGGACUGUUUAGAUUAAUGUCAAGGCGAUUGCAAGAUCCGGUUGUAUCGAUCACAAGUUUUCAGUGUGAACCAUUUUGUUCUAAUAUUAAGCGUGCAGGUUGCCACAAAUAUGUAGCCCCCAUGUAUGAAUUUCUACUCUCUUUUUUCCACCGUUCGAUGAUGUUCGCACCGA